UUGUAAAUAUCAAAAGAGCGUCAUCCUGAACAAAGCCAUCAAAAAUACCCUCUCUGUUUGUCUUUGCUAUCAAACCCAAACUUAGGAAUCAAACCCAACAAAUAUGAACAAAUUAGCAAAAAGAUUUGAAGGGAAGGUCGCGCUUGUUACUGCUUCUACUCAGGGCAUCGGCUUCGCUAUCGCCCGCCGCUUAGCCUUGGAGGGGGCUUCCCUCGUCGUUUCUUCUCGCAAACAGAAAAAUGUAGACGAGGCUGUUGAGAAACUUCAAGCUGAAGGUAUUCAAGUAUUGGGUGUGGUUUGCCAUGUCUCCAAUGCACAACAUAGGAAGCAUCUCAUUCACAAGACUGUUGAGAGAUAUGGCAAAAUAGAUGUGAUCGUAUCCAACGCUGCUGCCAACCCUUCUACUGAAGCCAUUUUGAAGACCCAAGAAUCUGUCCUUGACAAGCUCUGGGAAAUUAAUGUUAAAGCCUCUAUCCUUCUUUUGCAGGAUGCAGCUCCGUAUUUGCAAAAGGGCUCUUCAGUUAUUCUGGUUUCUUCGAUUAGUGGCUACAGUCCUCCUGCUUCCAUGGCUAUGUAUGGCGUGACAAAGACGGCACUUCUAGGCCUGACUAAGGCUCUUGCAGCUGAAAUGGCUCCGGAUACUCGUGUAAACUGUAUAGCUCCUGGGUUUGUGCCAACACACUUUGCUGAUUUUUUGACAAAAAAUGAAGCAGUUAGGAAGUCCAUCGAGGAGAAAACCUUUCUUAACAGACUUGGUACCACACAAGACAUGGCCGCUGCAGCUGCCUUUCUGGCAUCUGAUGAAGCUUCCUAUAUCACCGGGGAAACCUUAGUAGUUGCUGGAGGGAUGACCUCUAGACUUUAGUUCCCCCAUCACUUUCAAUUCCUUUCCUCUGCAGUAUGAAAUAAUUAUUACUUUGAAUCUUUGAUGAGGCCUACGUUAUUGAAUUACACUUUUCUUUUUCGUGGAUCGCCUUAGUUUUCAUGCCCUAAGCUAAUGAAUAAAAAUAUAUUUUCUUGCCCUCA